AUGGCACAUUUUCGUGGUCAGAUUCGGGGGCCGCACUGGGGCGCCAAAAGGGAUAACAUACUCAUCGAUUUCUGGAAAAGGCACGAAUGUUUGUUUAAUUCCUCGCUGGAGUCUUUCUACGACAGGGAUAUGAAGACAAAGCUGUGGUCCGAGUGCGCCUUGUUGAUCGGGAAAUCUGUCUGUGAUGUUGUCAGAAGAUCAAGGUCUCUGCGGACUCAAUAUGGAAGGGUGUUGUGGCACCCAGAGAGGGUCAACACUUUCCAGCAAAGGAUGCUGAGAGAGAAACUGGAUUUCCUGAGACCCUACAUCGUUCGCAGACGCGGCGAUUCCUAUCCGGAGGAUAAGUCCGAUGAUCACGAGGACGAAGAGGGAGAGCUUGAGACUGAGGGGAGUAAUGAUCAUGAGACGGGUACAAGUACAUUUGGGAGCCCGUUGGACGAUGACGAGGCUGUGCAAGAUCCAAAUGAGGAAUUUCCAUCUGAGGCAUCCACCUCAAACCCUCCUUCCUACUGUGCAAAUGCACAACCUCGUCACGCAGAGACCAUGUCCUUGAGCUUUGAACCUCAUCACGACAAAGACUCACCUGAUGUUCACGAUCAAUUGGCGACAGCAAAUCUACCAAAUCAUGAUGUAUUAAGCCAGUUUGUAAAUGUCAUGCUGGCAGAUAUGCGUCAGAUUAAAGACAGCAUGGUACUUAUCCGACUUCGCCGAGAUAUCACCGACUUGGUGUUCAAAGCGGUGGAGGAGGACGUGCAGAGGCGUAUUCCGGUUUCCUUGACGCACCAAGGAGAAAACGCACAGCUCCCGAGCUCCUCGAGGCCUCAAACAUGCUUGCAGAGGGUUUUGAAGAGAAAGAACAGGGGACCUGUAAAGCACAUGAGGAGGAUUUGCAGGACCCAAGCAGGUCAAACACUUGAAGACAUGAAUAGAAAUGUCCCUCAGGCUAUGAUUCAUGCUUCUGAGAUCAAAUUAGAAAUAGAUCCACGCACGGUCAAGACAGAGGAUGAGACACUUGCUGUUCUGUGACAAUUCUGUCACCGUGUUUGGAUCACUGUUAUUAAACAAAUCAUGUCAAAGAAUGUGCAUAAUACUGACCGGAAUCUGUCAUGACAUGUCAUUAUGUGUUGAAAAAAAAUGGAACUCUUCUCAGAAAUGAUCUUGAUUGUGAUAACUUGAUAUUGAUACACCUAUAUUGUUAGAAGACACGCCACCGUGUGGCCAAACGAGGUUAUCAGACCAUUCCCAUCUAUCGUUGGAAGCCAUAUAUCUCAACAAUUCAGCACUAUUAUUGUUAAUGUCUUUGCAUAUGUUUUCAGCACUUAUCCAUCCAUCCAUUUUCCAUACCGCUUAUCCUCACUAGGGUCACAAAGUUCACUGUGGCUGAGCUCCAGAGUUGCAGUCAGGAGAUGGGAGAAGGUUCUAGAAAGUCGACCAUCACUGCAGCCCUCCACCAGUCGGGGCUUUAUGGCGGAGUGGCCCGACGGAAGCCUCUCCUCAGCGCAAGACACGUGAAAGCCCGCGUGGAGUUUGCUAAAAAAAACACCUGACGGACUCCCAAGAUGGUGACCAAUAAGAUUCUCUGGUCUGAUGAGACCAAGAUAGAAAUUGUUGGCCUUAAUUCUAAGUGGCAUGUGUGGAGAAAAGCGGGCACUGCUCUUCACCUGGUCAAUACAGUCCCAGCAGUGAAGCAUGGUGGUGGAAGCAUCAUGCUGUGGGGUGUUUUUCAGCUGCAGGGACAGGACGACUGGUAGCAAUCGAAGAAAAGAUGAAUGCCGCCAAGUACAGGGAUAUCCUGGACGAAAACCUUCUCCAGAGUGCUCAGGACCUCAGACUGGGCCAAAGGUUCAACUUCUAACAAGACAGUGCCAAAAGGGUGCUUCUACUAAAUGCUGAGCAAAGGCUCUGAAUACUUAUUUAUGGCUGUGUGAUAGUUCAGUUUUUCUUUUAUAAGACAUUUACUGUUUUUUUUCCUGCCAGUAUGGGGUUUGGCGGCACGGGGAAGACUGGUUAGCACAUCUGCCUCACAGUUCUGAGGAGCGGGGUUCAAAUCCCGGCCCCGCCUGUGUGGAGUUUGCAUGUUCUCCCUAUGCCUGUGUAGGUUUUCUCCGGGUACUCCGGUUUCCUCCCACAUCCCAAAAACAUGCAUUAAUUGGAAACUGUAAAUUGCCCAUAGGUAUGAAUUUGAGUGUGAAUGGUUGUUUGUUUCUAUGUGCCCUGCGAUUGGCUGGCGACCAGUUCAGGGUGUACCCCGCCUCUCGCCCGGAGAUAGCUGGGAUAGGCUCCAGCACGCCCGCGACCCUUGUGAGGAUAAGCAGAAUAGAAGAUGAAUUAAUUGUGUGUACAUUAAUGAGGGGGAAAAAAAUUAAGACUUUAUGUGCAAAAAGGUCUAUUUUUCCUCAAACAUUGUUCACAAAUGCAUGCAAUUGGUCCUUUAUUGUGGGCAUCUUAAGGCACACCUGUGCAAUAAUCACACUAAUCAACGUCUUGAUAUGCCACAUGUGAGGCGGAUCACCUUGGCAAACUAACGCAGCUUGAGACUGAUUUGUAAACAAUAUUUUCGAGAAAUGGGCCUUUUGAGUACAUAGAAAUUCUUGGAAAUGUUUCACCUUAUGAAAAAUGGGAGCAAAAACAAGUGUUGCGUUCAUAUUAUUGUUCAUCAUCAACUGUAUUAUUGUUCACAGCACAUCAGUGGCGUCGCUAGGACUAUUUUAGGGGGGGCUGAAGACCGCCUCACCCCCCCCCCCCCCCCCCCAAAAAAAUUAAUAUAUAUAUAUUUGGUUGUAUGUGGUGAGGCCCAAUUUUUUUGUAGCCCCCCCCCCAAAAAACAAUCUUAAGCCCCCUAAACGAUUUUUAGUUACCUAAAAACGUGAGUGCAAAUGGUUGUUUGUUUGUAUGUGUCCUGCGAUUGGCUGGCAACCAGUUCAGGGUGUACCCCGCCUCCUGCCCGAUGAUAGCUGGGAUUAGCUCCAGCACGCCCGCGACCACAGUGAGGAUGAGCAGUGUAGAAAAUGGAUGGAUGGAUAUACAGUAGCGUCAAAACAUAUUGCCCACUUCCCCAAAUUCUUAGAUUUUUGAAUAGUUUCUCCACUUUAAUGUUUAAGAUCGUGAAACAAAUGUAAAUAUUAGGAAAAUAUAACCCAAGUGAACUUUAAAUGCUGUUUUUAAAUUGUGAUUUCAUUUAUUAGGGCCCCAAAAAAAACCUAUUCAGUUACAGGGCCCUGUGUGAAAAAGUAAUGGCCCCCUAACCCUAAUAACUGGUUGGGCCAUCUUCAGCAGCAACAAGUGAAAUCAUGCGUUUUCUAUAACUGGCAACGAGUCUUUCACAUCUGUGUGGAGAUAUUUUGGCCCCUUUCUUCCUUGCAGAAUUGUUUCAAUUCAGCAAAAAUGGAGGGUUUUCGAACACGAACGACCUUUUUUAGUUCAUUUCCAUCGGAUUCAAGUCCCGACUUAGACUCUCUCAAACCUUCAUUUUGUUUUUUAAGCCAUUCAGAAGUUGACUUGCUGGUGUGUUUUGGAUCCUUAUCCUGCUGCAGAACCCGAGUGCGCUUCAGUUUGAGGUCACAAACUGAUAGCUGAACAUUCUCCUUCAGGAUUUUCUUCUCUGACAAAAACAAUGAUCUCGAGUUUUGUUGUGCUUUAAUUGAAGAAAGUUUUGGCUCAUCCAGUUAUUUAUCUGUUUUAGACUGUGACACAAGACCUCAAUUGAACUGUAGUCAUCUGGAGAUACUGCAAGUGUGUGAACUGUGUCAUGUGCAUAGCUAUGAUAGUCAACAUUAAGGCUGAAGAAUUUGACCCCUGCGUGAAAAAUUGCCCCCCUUGUUAUUUAUAAGUGAAAGGGACUCCCGGUUUCCUUGUCGUAAUUGUACGGCCUUUUACGCAACCGUAUGCAGCACAAUGUACCGACAUCCUUGAUCUUUUGACCUUCCUAGCUUUACAUCGCUGUCGGCACGGAGUUUUAAAUGGGCGUGUCUUAUCUACCUAUACAUAUCUGUGUUUGCAGCCAUUUUUCAAACGUAGGUAAAGAUAUAAUCAUGGAAAUUUCCAAAAUAAACUGUAUUUUAACUAUACAUUUUCUCCCAGUAAUUUAAUGAAUUACAAUUACAUACAUUUUGUAAUCAAAUUAUACAAUCUCGUUACAUGUAAUAAAUUUCUCCCAAGA